UUGCUGGGGACGAUGUCAGAACACAUUCAGCUCUCAAUAGCCCUGUGUAGGAUUGGCUUUUACACGUGUCUCCAGAAGUUAUGCUGUAAGAACCCCCCUCCACCUAGACCCGAGUAUGAUGUGGUGUGCAUUGGACUGAGCGGUGCCGGAAAGACCAGUCUGCUCUCUCGUUUGUGCAAUGAGAUCAGUGAUGGCACGGUACCAACCACAGGUUUCAGCAUCAAAGCAGUGCCAUUUGAAAAUGCCAUACUGAAUGUGAAGGAACUUGGAGGAGCUGAAACCAUUAAGAAGUACUGGAGCCGAUAUUAUCAAGGAUCCCAAGGAGUGGUGUUUGUCCUCAACAGUGCCGCAUCAGAUGAAGAGAUGGAGGCAUCCCGGUCUGAGCUCCACCUGGCCUUACAGCAUCCUCAGCUGUGCACCCUUCCUUUCCUUGUCCUCGCCAACCACCAGGAUUCACCAGCUGCCCGUUCUGUAUCAGAGAUACGAAAGUUCUUUGAAUUGGAGCCGCUGGCCCGAGGGAAGAGAUGGAUUCUUGCAGGCACCUCAACCAAUAACAUUGAGGACGUGAAAGAGAGCUUCAGUCAACUCAUCAGCCUUUUGGAGGAGAAGGAGGUGCUACCUAGCAGGAUAUGAUUCAGUCAAACUUCAAAGUGGAAAGUGGGUUUGAAGUGUUGUUUGCUAGAAUGAUUUUUUUUAUUUUAGCUCUCCUCCUUGGUUGUUGUUUUAUAACCCACUGGAGACAUGGAUGCAAACAGCCACAUGUUUUGAUGAGCUGACUGACAUGUUUGUUAUCCUCCGGUCAAGGGCCACACAUAUGCUGAUUUAGUAGCAGGUGAAACAAAAUCC